CUGGCUUCCUCCUCGCUAGGGUGGCGUUGGGCCGGCGCGGGCGCUCGGGUGACUGCAGCGGGCUCGGCUCCCCGCCCCCCGCCCCGGGCCGCGCGGCUGCCAGUCGCUUCGCACAGGGCUGGAUGGUUGCACCGAGCAGGGUGGCUCCAGGAUGUUAGGGACUGUGAAGAUGGAAGGGCACGAGAGCAGUGACUGGAACAGCUACUAUGCGGACACACAGGAGGCCUACUCCUCCGUCCCGGUCAGCAACAUGAACUCGGGUCUGGGCACCAUGAAUUCCAUGAACACCUACAUGACCAUGAACACCAUGAGCACGAGCGGCAACAUGACCCCGGCUUCGUUCAACAUGUCCUACGCAAACCCAGGCCUGGGAGCCGGACUGAGCCCCGGGGCGGUGGCUGGCAUGCCCGGCGGCUCUGCGGGCGCCAUGAAUAGCAUGACGGCGGGCGUGACGGCCAUGGGGACGACGCUGAGCCCAGGCGGCAUGGGGGCUAUGGGCGCGCAGCCGGCGGCCUCCAUGAAUGGCCUGGGGCCCUACGCGGCCGCCAUGAACCCGUGCAUGAGCCCCAUGGCGUACGCGCCGUCCAACCUGGGCCGCAGCCGUGCUGCCGGCGGCGGCGGCGACGCCAAGACUUUCAAGCGCAGCUAUCCUCACGCCAAGCCACCCUACUCGUACAUCUCUCUCAUCACCAUGGCCAUCCAGCAGGCGCCCAGCAAGAUGCUCACACUGAGCGAGAUCUAUCAGUGGAUCAUGGACCUCUUCCCCUAUUACCGGCAGAACCAGCAGCGCUGGCAGAACUCCAUCCGCCACUCGCUCUCCUUCAACGACUGCUUUGUCAAAGUGGCCCGCUCCCCUGACAAGCCAGGCAAGGGUUCCUAUUGGACGCUGCACCCGGACUCCGGCAACAUGUUCGAGAACGGCUGUUACUUGCGCCGCCAGAAGCGCUUCAAGUGCGAGAAGCAGCCGGGCCCCGGGGGCGGGAGCGGCGGCGGCGGCCCCAAGGGUGGCCCAGAGAGCCGCAAGGACCCCUCGAGCGCUGCCAACCCCAGCGCCGACUCGCCCCUUCAUCGCGGUGUGCGUGGGAAGGCCGGCCAGCUAGAGGGCGCGCCGGCCCCCGGGCCCGCCGCCAGCCCCCAGACUCUGGACCACGGCGGGGCGGCGGCGACAGGGGGCGCCUCGGAGUUGAAGACUCCAGCCACCUCGGCUGCUCCUCCGAUCAGCUCUGGGCCUGGGGCGCUGGUAUCCGUGCCCCCCUCCCACCCGGCGCAUGGCUUGGCACCCCACGAGUCCCAGCUGCACAUGAAAGGGGACCCUCACUACUCCUUCAAUCAUCCUUUCUCCAUCAACAACCUCAUGUCCUCCUCGGAGCAGCAGCACAAGUUGGACUUCAAGGCAUACGAGCAGGCACUACAGUACUCGCCCUACGGCAGCGCAUUGCCCGCCAGCUUGCCCCUCGGCGGCGCCUCGGUGGCCACGAGGAGCCCCAUUGAGCCCUCAGCCCUGGAGCCAGCCUACUACCAAGGUGUGUAUUCCAGACCCGUUCUAAACACUUCUUAGCUCCCUGGGACCGGGGGUCUGUCUGUCUGGCAUGGCCAUGCUGGUAGCAGGGGAGAGAGAGAGAGAAAUCAACAGCAAACAAAACCACACAUACCAAGCCGACAGCAGCAUAAUGAAAUCCCAACUAUUUUUAUUUCCUUUUUUUGUGUGUGCACAAUCUUUCCCCUAGUGCAAAAGACUGUUACUUUGUUACUGUUGUUCAAAACGCCUUGUGUAUAUUAUUACAAAGAAAACCAACCUCAAACCAACAAAAGUUGUCCUGCAAAGUUUAAUGAUCCACAAGUGUAUAUAUAUAUAAAUCCUCCUGCUUCCUUGUCCUUCUCCCUUUCUUCCCUCUUCCCCCCUGCAGACAUGUUCUAGUCUGUGCAGGAUUUAUUUAAAAAAAAAGAAAGAUGGUCAAGCUUGUAAAAUAUUUGUUUGUGCUUUUUUUCCCCUCCUCACCUGAUUCCCCUCCCCCCUCCCACAGACACACACAGUUUACAGGUCCAUGGCAAUACUCUUAACCAUAAGAACUGAAAGGGUGAAGAAACAAGUAGACACCAGGACUGUUAAAAGUACUGAAGGACAGUGCUGCUGUUACACAGCAAAACAUAAACAGAUUAGAGCCACUUUUUUUCAGCUUGCAUUUCAUAUACACUUAGAUAGCAGAUGUCUCUAAAUGAAAUACAUAUCUACCAUAUAUAUGAACUUAUUUAUGCACAUGCUCAGAUACGUAGAUGACAUCCAUAUAUUUAUAUAACAUAUAAAGGUAAUAGGUAGGUGAUAUACCUGCUCUUGAGUUGCCGGACCAAGAAGUUACAAAGACACCCUCUUCCCCUCCUCUCCACCCACACAUAGCCCUGGGAAUCAAUUCCUUGAGAAUUGCCCUUGUCAAUAACUCUACUCCUUGUUUUGCAGAGGGCCAUGGGCAUGUCAUUCUGAGGUCAUAUAACAUGUGUAAAAUUAGCUUUUUUGUAUUUAUACCAUUUAAAGGAUAUUUUUUUUUCCAGAAAACAAAAGGGGGGGAAUACCAUUACCAUGUUGGAGGAGAGAUAAGUUAUAGGGAGCUGUAUUUCAAAAUUUGGUCCAAGGUUCCAAAAUCCAAUUGAUUGUGGCCAUUUUAAUUAUUGCCAUUGUGUGCUUGUUUCAUUCAGUGUUAAUGCACUUUUCACAGUUGGACAUGGUGUUAGUAUAGCCAGACGGGUUCCAUUAUUAUUCCUCUUCGCUUUCUCAAUGUUAAUUUAUUGCAUGGUUUAUUCUUUUUUCUUUACAGCUGAAAUUGCUUUAAAUGAUGGUUAAAAUUACAAAAUAAAAUGUUAAUUUUUAUCAGUGUGAUUGUAAUCAAAAUAUUUUGAUUUAAAUAAUGAAAAUGAGAAAUUUUAAGCUGUGGAAUAUGUUCUUGAUCAUUUGCAGCUAAGGACUUUAAAUAAAUCAAAUGUUAACAAAAAGAAAAUUUCUGCUAUUUUCCUUAAUUAAAUCCAAAAUGGAUGUUCUGAAUAUGAUAUUUUUCAAAGCCCGGCACUGAAUAGAAAUGACAAAAACGAAAGAAUCUUAAAAUUUUUGUUUUUUUAUUUUUAUUAUAUGAACGUGUAGCUAGGGAAAAGUAAUUAAGGAGAUUCAAUAAAAGAUAAAUUAAAAGGUAGAUAAAUUGAUUUAAUAUCCUAAGAAUUGAGUUUUUGAAAGAUUCUUUAUUCCUUGUAAUGUUUACUUCAAUUUUUGACAAGGGCUUAAGUCUUCUGUGCUUCCUUUGAGCCUUUCUACAAUGAACUCAAAUAUUAUUAAUUUAACUACCUUCCCCCCUUCUCCAGUGUAUCAUUUUCCUUUAUCUGAAAGUAUUUGAGUGAGAAUAAAAUAUCAGAUGUAGCCGAUAAAAUUAAGUUGUCUACAAGAGAGGAUCCAGAACCGUCUUUUUACUAAAGGAGAGGCGAAAUUUAACCAUCAUGGCAGCUUUAGAGGAGGCCCAGGGAGGCCCGGGUUAAUUCACUCCUGCAGGGGAAGCUUUGUGCCACCAGGACGUUUCAGGGUUGUGGGUAUUUUGUGAAGGUAUUUUUUAAAAAUAUUGUUACAAAUUUUUUUUUCCCCAAGAACUUAAAAACUGAUGAUUUGUUUGCCUUCUAAGAAGCUUUCAAAUGCAACUUCACACCUCUACAGUUGGUUGAGAUCACAAAAUCAGUAAUCUCCUUUGAUAGUAGGCUCACUUUCCAGUCCACCUAUUUCUUUGUCAGCCUCGUCGGAUUGACAUCAACAAUAACAACACUAGCCCAAGCAGAGGCUGGCCUGCCUGAGCCCUUGUGUAUGAACUCCAUCCUAGCCAGGGCUUGAACUUGGACAGCCUUUACUUUGAUCGCCUACUCCUUACCGCGGACAAGAUAAAAAGAGCUGUGUGAGUCCCUUAAUUAUCGAGUAAUUGCCUCCCCAGAUGAGAGAAGGGGUGCCAUGUAGCACUUGAGAAAAAUCCAGAAAUCCAACCCCUCGCUCUCACUUCAGCUAAUGAAAGGAGGAGAUGGAAACUAUUGAUUUGAGUAAUUUCAAAAUUUAAUUUAGAGGCCUCUCGGAAGGACGUUAAAGUCUCAAAGAGAGGGAAAAGCUUUCAAUCCCAAUAGUUAUUUAUAUUUAUACAAUGGGCAACGUUGGCAAAUUCGAGUUCCAAAAGUAAUACAAAGGCAUGAGCUUGAUCCUCGGAAUCUUACUCGGACCCACUGAACCUAAAUCGUCUUACUUUGUUCCCUUCCCUUUUUCUAACAAAUUAGCAAUAAAGUGUCUUGCAUUCACCCACCAGGCUUAAGUCGGCCUCAGUUCUUGGUCUCUUACUUGGCGGAGACUUUUUCAAGGUUCGCGGGGGACUGUGUGCGGCGGGUUUACGGCCGAGGCCACUCUGGAGACCCGCCUGGGGAGCUAGCCCGGUGGAUCGCGGCGAGCGGGGCUCGCCUCGUGAGCUUCUCAGGCUAUUUUCUAACCGCACCCUCGGCCACCUCUGGGCGAUGCCAUCUGCGCCCGGUGUGUUAGGACGCGCGCGGGCUGGGCGCCGGCGCGUCCGGUUGCCGGGGAAGGAGGACAGAGAGAAGGACCGCAAGCAUCUUGAGGUGACAAGUGCAGUUAGUUCUUCAUUGUUUGGGCAUUUUCCCCUCCUAGCGAAUAAAUCUUCUGUUGAGCCCGAGACCUAAAAGUCAACAAAGAAGGCCAGGCGCCUCGUUACCGCUCCUGCGGCCCCAACGCCCGCGUUGCCGCGGCUGCUCCCGCUGCGUAAUCCCUUCCUCGGAAACCGGGACACACAAAUGCCGGAACGCCCGGGGCUGGGACGCGGAGCCCCAGGGCCAGGAGGAAAACAUCUGUGGUUCCGAGGGAGUGCUGGGACCCUCCCGGAGCGCGCCGGCUUCCCGCGACCCCCUCCCACCUCCCUUUUCGUCCCGGAGCUUCCAGAUUUCUACACCUCGGACGCUCCUGCAGCAGACGGCCGGAAAGGGGAUGCUGACCGCUCACCCGCGGUCCACCGGACUCUUUUUAUUUAGGAAUUUCGCCCGAGGUGGGGGAGGGGUCUCCCGAGGGGGAGGGAGGGGACGAGAAGGGAAAAACCUUCCUUUAGACCCAUGUGCAAAGCUCCGGAGGCCUUCCGAUCCACUGACUAACCGCAGAGCAAACAUUUUUAGAAAACAAGAAAAAGGUUUUGAGAGUGAGUAUAGUGUUGGGGAGGGGAGCUUCAGAAGUUACCUUCACCUUGUCCCAGGCCUGAAACAUUUUUUUUAAUUGAUAAAUUUAGGGAUGAAGAAAAGCUCACCGGUUGUGUUCAGAAACUCCACAAUUUAAAUGUGUUUCCAAGUAGAAAGCAGCUCAGCGUUUUCCACAGGAUAGCUACCAGUGUUUAAACCGAAGAUAAAAUUUAAUUUCCAUUGUCCCUUCGCGAUACCCUCAUAGUAGAAAAAAACUGGUGAGAAUCAUUAUGGCAGGAGGGAUUAAACAAAGAAAAUCCUAUUAAAGUUCUCAACUUCCGUUUUCAGUCUCUGAAAGCUAGAUACCCGAUUGAUAUCACUGAAAGUAUAAAAAACAUUAUUUUACUCAGGAGUCUAACAGAUUUGAAUAAGCCAUGGCAGUAAAGAAUUCCUGGAGUGAUAGAAAUUGAAAACUUCGUUGUUUUGGCACUUUAAAUAAUUGAUCUCAAUUCCACGAAAAUGCUUAUUACAUUUCUUUGCAGAAAACUUCUGUGAUCGAUACAAAUUACUCUCAAUGCAGGCUAGUGUAGGAGACCUGUAGCCCAAAUUAAUUAACCUUUCCUCAAGAUCAAUUGGUCUUCUGUUGAUUUAGCAGUAAUAUUGCAGAACAUUUAGCUAUAAUGUAUUUUAAUGUGAUACUUCAAUAUGUCGAGGAAAAAUGCUAAAUAAAAGAUAUAAUUGUUUAAAUUAUAUAAUAGGUUAAUAAUUUGUUUAAAUGUUUUACUUUCAAAAAUCAAAUUUAAAUUGCUUAUUUGAACUGUAGUAAAACUGUUUUGCAACUAAAUGGGGUUAAGAUAAUGUCUAA